CGUACUGUAUCAUGUCAGAUCCAUGAUUCGACGACUGAAGAAUUACUAGUGAACUCUCGGUUGAUUGUUACUGGACAUUCUCUUGGAGGAACAAUUGCUUCUCUCUUUACUCUAUGGUUGUUAGACAACAUCAAAAAGACAACCAGAAGAAAUCAACUCCCCUUCUGCAUCACUUUUGGUUCACCCCUUGUAGGCGACCAAGGCCUCCAACGAGCCAUCUCAGAACAUUCAAAAUGGAAUUCUUGUUUUCUACACGUUGCUGCCUUCAAGGAUCUAUCCCCUGGAAUUUUCAUAACUUCACAGCCUGAUCCUCAGUACAUGCCUUUUGGUACAUAUUUCUUCUGUUCUGAGCUGGGAUGCAACUGUGUUGAAGACCCUGAAGUGGUUUCAUGGUUAUUGAAAAGCACAAUAACUCCAGUUUCCGCUGAAGAAAUGGGGAUUGAUGAUUAUAGUGGAAUAGUGAAGCAUCUGAAGUCGAGGCUUAUCAUGAAGGAUAAUUCACAACUUGGCCAACCAGUUACGCCUUCACUUCGGCCAGAGAUGAUUUUACAACUGAAAGCCAUUGGAUUUGAAAUAACUGCUCAGCAGCAGCAGGACAACAUCAUCAAUGAUCUUAUUUCAGAAUGGGAAAGACAUGAAAAUCGAAAGGCGCAACAAAUGAAGGCUAUUGACCCGAACGAAAAACUAAACAUAGUUAAGAUAAGAAUGGCCAACUUAGAAUGGUACAAGAAAGACUGCAAGGCUAAGGGGGUAGGCUACUAUGAUAGUUACAAGAACCUGUACUUCACAAGAGAUGGAGAGGUUACCAAGCACAAGAAAGUUCUCUUCGAUUACUGGAAAAAAUUGGUGGAGGACCUUGAGCGAAAACCCCAGAAAGAAGGAGCAUUGAUGCGGGAGACAUGGCUUUUCGCUGGAACAAAUUAUAGAAGAAUGGUUGAACCACUUGACAUUGCUCAAUACUAUAGACAGACUGGGAAACGAGACUAUCUAACUUAUGGAAGAUCCAGACAUUAUAUUCUGCUGGAGCAAUGGCAAAAGGAGCAAACAGAAAAACUUGCAGGCCCACCAAAUGAUAAGAAGAAACAAAGUGUGGCUGGUAUUCUUACAGAGGAUUCUUGCUUUUGGAUGAAAGUGGAGGAGGCUCUCAUUUCAUGCAAAUUGUUGAAGGAUGAAACCUCCAGUACUUCAGAGAAACAGUCAGCGAGAGAGUUUCUGAAUAUUUUCGAGCAAUAUGUGAUGGACCAAAUUGAUAACUAUGCGGUGUCUCCUGAGAUUUUCUUGGAAAAAAGCAGUUUUAUGAAAUGGUGGAAAGAUUUUCAGGAAAUCAUUGAAACAUCCCGUAAUUCUCCUCUCACUGACUUCAUGAAGAAUCGCAGAUAUCGCCAAUAUGAAAGGGGGCAGUUUUAGACUUUGUUUUAAGUUCUUAUGGAUUGUAUUACUCAGAAUUUGUAAUUGCUAUAAGGCCAAAUAACAAAUGGUACAAUCGUACCUGUUUCUUUAUUUUAAUCUUUUCUGUUCAAACAAUUCAUUAAUGUUCUACUC